CUUCAGUACAGGAAAAACAAAAUGCCUUGUUUUUAUAGGGAGGAGAGUAGGGCUGACAAAUAGUCCCCUUUCUGUUUUAUUUAAGAACUCAAUUUGAAGCCCGUGUUUGUGAAUGAAAAGAGGAUUCCUCUAGCCCAGCGAAGAUGGACGUCAGCAUCUCCGUGUCCUUCCUUCAAGACGAGCUCGCCUCUACCGUCGAGCACGCAGUGAAGGCGGCUGUUGACACUGUCUUGUGUGAAAUCGCCAAAGUUGUCGGCAGCAAAUUGACUGAAUUUCAGGUGGAAAUGGCUGGAAAGCAGAAAGAGAAUGAGAUUCUGAAGCUGAGGUUGGAAAUAUCAGAGAGCGAGUUGAAAGCUGUGCGGGAAUGCAUGGGCGCUGCAGGUGCAGGCAUUGAACAACCUGCGGCAUUGCAAGAUCCCAUCGAGAGCCACGCUGUCCCUGAAUCUGAAGCAGUUUACAAGCAAGAGGAGCCCUUUGAGCAGGAGUGGUGUGCCCGUCUAAUGCAGGUUACAGAGCUGGCGUUUGUUAAAGAUGAAGAGGUCCCUCAACAGGAAUGUGUUCCCAUUAAAGAGGAAUUCAUUGAACAGGAAUGUGUCCCCGUCGCAGAGGAAGUUCAUAAUGAUUCUCCAUCUGAAUGUGAAGUGGGAUUUAGAGAAUAUGACUCCACUCCAUCACCACACUGCAAAAACUCUUCUAGUGGCAAACCUCAGCACAAUAAACACAGAGAGACGACACUCCAAGAAGAAAAUGUGAAGAAACUGAGAACUCACUCAGUUAUAAUCCCUUCUUUGCAAAACAGACCCCCUCUUACUAUGGAGAGUACAGAGACACCACAUUCUGCAUGUUUUAACAGUUCUGAAGCCCAGGGCAACUUGAAGACCUUGUCUCAUUCUAUGACAGGUGGGAAGAGCUCCUGUCAAUUAGGCUCUGAUAAGACUCACGAGGGAAAUCGCACAGGAGGGACUCCAUUGCCCUGUGCUGUUUGUGGGAAGAGUUUCAAACAUUUAUCACAUCUUAAAAGACACCAGCUAACUCAUACAGGAGAGAAACCUUAUCACUGCACUGAGUGUGGGAAGAGAUUCAGUCAGUUAAAUGACCUUAAAAGACACCAGCGGAUUCACACAGAAGAGAAACCUUAUUGCUGCUCUGUGUGUGGGAAGAGUUUCACGCUGUUAGGGAAUCUUCAAACGCACAAGCGCAUUCACACAGAAGAGAAACCUUACUGCUGUACUGUUUGUGGGAAAAGUUUCAGUUUUUUAGCAAACUUUAAAAUCCACCAACGCAUUCACACCGGAGAGAAACCUUAUCACUGUGCUGAGUGUGGGAAGAGAUUCAGCCACUUAGUAAAUCUUAAAAGACACUAUCAGAUUCACACACGUUUCUAACCCUAUCCCUGCACUUAAUGGGGAAAGACGUUCAGUCAGUCAGAGGCUCUUGAAGGGUUCUCAGAAUUUCAGACACUUGAGGACCCCGAAGUCUGAGUAAGUUUGACUAAAAUACAGAAACAGUUACUGAAAACAAAAGAAUAAAGUGACAUGGCAAACUGACUUGACUUCAUAAAUGAUAAACUGACUUGAUAAAUAGGGUCACCCUUGAUCACAAACUCACACUCAUGAAUGGACUUUAUGAAAUCCUGCAUCUUGUUUGGGCCUUUCAUCAUCUUGUGGACCGUUCUGGUUGUGUUUUCUCACGUUAGUAAUCUAGUCAAUAGAUUGUAAUUAUGUCUGCAAGUUUCCCUCCUUUACUCACGCAUUGCUUAGCCUCUCACAUGUUUUCCGUGGAAAACUUCCCCGGUACCUCGAGGCACGGCGCAGUAUAGCGCAGUUAUCAUGCGGGGCAGCUUGAAGAGCACAGACAGUACUUUUUCCAGGGUGUGCCAGACAGUGUGAAUGUAAUGGGUUAUAUAGCGUUUCUCCUGAAAAAAAUGAUUUCUGCUUGGGGUUUGUUUAGUGCUGCCCUCCCUUUCUUGGGUACUGUAUUAACAAAUGUAGGCUACUGUAUUUAAUAUGAGUUUGUUGAUUGACUACGAGACUGCAGAAGCAAAACGUCUAUAUUAAAAGUAUUAACUGCUAUUUUAAUUGAAAUGUUGGUUAGUUUAAUUAUUAUUGUUGUUGUUCUUAUUCUAGGGUGAGAUGUAAAUAAAAAAAAUAAAUACACAUAAAAAAAAAUCCCUGAAUAGUAUUGCAGUUUAAAUAGCAUUUAAUAUGGGCAGGGAAAGUUUUUUUUAAUUUUUUUUUUUAAUUGAUUUUUUCCUUUC